AUGUGGCUCACCCACCUCGCCCUGCUACUGCUGCUCCGGCUGGCCGUGUCCGCCGAGGGCCUCUCCACCUGCCAGUCAUUCAGCCUGGAUGAUCAGAAAUCCAAGCGCAUUGAGGCCGUCCGCGGCCAGAUCCUCAGCAAGCUCCGCUACCGGAGCACACCGGAGCCCCCCGCACCGAGCCCACAGCCCGAGGCCGUGCCCGGAGGUGAUGCUGCUCUACAACAGCACUACAGAGCUGCUGAAGGAGCGUGCGCGUCAGUCCGAUUCCGCGUGCGAACGGGAGAGCAGCGAGGAGGAUUAUUACGCAAAAGAGGUUCAGCGCAUAGACAUGCUUAAGCAGCGCAUGGACACACGUGAGUGGUGCCUUAAUCAAUAUCAACUUAAUAGAAGACACAAAUCAGUCAUCAUGAUUCUUUUUUGUAUGUCAGAGAUUUACGAAAAUAAAUGUUUAUACAUUACUGUUAUGCAUGCGUUAUGGUCUCCAGCCACCUUGCCAAGUUGUUUACCAUUUGUCAGAUACCUCUAUUACUAUCGUGACUGUGUGUGUGUCACACAUUAUUUAGGAUAUGUUGCAUCUUUAUUAAUACACCUCUCCACUCUUGUAGAUGCAGUGAGCCCUCCAAUCCCCAGCCCAUAUUACAGAGUGGUGGGGUUCGAUGUGAGUGUUGUGGACAGGAACUCCAGCACCCUGGUCAAAGCUGAGUUCAGAAUCUACAGAGCACCAAACCCCCAGGCCCGCACCUCAGAGCAGAGAGUAGAGAUCUAUCAGGUACAGGAUCUGUGGUGUGUAUUCAUGGAAGCCAAGGGAAGCCUGGCUUCCCCAAAAUAUUUACCCAAAAAAAAGCAUUUACAAAUGUAUCUUUAGUCUCUCUGUGUUUCAUAAAUGUUCUUCAAUUCGCAAGAGGCUGAAUGUAUCUCACCAGAGAAAUCAUCUGAUGCUGUCUGGUCCAAAAGAUUAUUACAUUGUUGCCGCCCGUAGCGUUGAAUGCAAGGGAAGCCAGCUAGGAUUUGGCCUCCCUUGAUAAAAAAUAUAUAAAAUAAUAGCCAAUCAGCAUUGAGUUAAACUGAGUGAGCUCAGCUGUGAAUGGUCAUGGAGCACAAAAAAAAGUGUCAAGGGAAGCCAGUUUGGAUUUGGCUUCAGACCAAUCUAUUCAUAAGCCAAACAUCAUUAUUGACAGAAAAAAACUUCAAUUGUUGCAUCUCUUUGUGUUGUCCAUCCCUUUCCUACAUUUCCCAUCUAUGGAGAUAUGGAUUUGGACUUGUGGUUUAUACUUAAAUCUCCGUACUGGCCUACUACACCGGCUCUGACGCUCGUCGGAUGUGGCAGGGCUUGCAAACUAUUACGGAUUACAUAAUAAUAAUAAUAAUUACAAAGGGAAACCCAGCCAUGAGCUGCCCAGUGACACAAGCCCACCAGAUGAGCUAAAUGCCUUCUAUGCUCGCUUUGAGACAAGCAACACUGAACCAUGCAUGAGAGCACCAGCCGUUCCGGACGACUGUGUGAUCACACUCUCUGUAUCCGAUGUGAGUAAGACCUUUAAAUAGGUCAACAUUCACAAGGCCGCAGGGCCAGAUGGAUUACCAGGACACGUACUCAGAGCAUGCGCUGACCAACUGGCAUGUGUCUUCACUGACAUUUACAACCUCUCCCUGAACGAGUCUGUAAUACCUACAUGUUUCAAGUAGACCACCAUAGUCCCUGUGCCCAAGAACACCAAGGUAACCUGCCUAAAUGACUACCGCCCCGUAGCACUCAUGUCUGUAGCCAUGAAGUGCUUUGAAAGGCUGGUCACGGCUCACAUCAACAACAUCAUCCCAGAAACCCUAGACCCACUACAAUUCGCAUACCACCCUAACAGAUCCACAGAUGACACGAUCUCCAUUGCACUCCACACUGCCCUUUCCCACCUGGACAAAAGGAACACCUACGUGAGAAUGCUGUUUGUUGACUACAGCUCAGCAUUCAACACCAUAGUGCCCUCAAAUCUCAUCACUAAGCUAAGGACAAUGGGACUAAACACUUCCAUCUGCAACUUGAUCCUUGACUUCCUGACGGGCUGCCCUCAGGUGGUAAGGGUAGGCAACAACACAUCUGCCACGCUGAUCCUCAACACGGGGGCCCCUCAGGGGUGCGUGCUUAGUCCCCUCCUGUACUCCCUGUUCACCCACGACUACGUGGCCACCCAAGCCAUAGACUGUUCUCUCUGCUGCUGCACGGCGAGCGGUACCGGAGCGCCAAGUCUAGGUCCAAAAGGCUCCUUAACAGCUUCUACCCUCAAGCCAUAAGACUGCUAAACAGUUAAUCAAAUGGCUACCCGGACUAUUUGCAUUGACCCCCUUUUUUACGCAACUGCUACUCGCUGUUUAUUAUCCAUGCAUAGUCACUUUACCCCUACCUACAUGUACAUAUUACCUCAAUUACCUCGACUAACCUGUACUCCCGCACAUUGACUUGUUACCGGUACCCCCUGUAUAUAGCCUCGUUAUUGUUAUUUUAUUAUAUUACUUUUUUCUUACUUGUCACUGUAUUAGACUAAGCAUAGGUGAUUUAGAUUAUGUUGAAAUCUUGAAGUUGAAAUGGUGCUGCAAUAGUGAAGGCAGCUCCUGUUUUCUUUGCGACUUGAGGUAACUCUCCAUGGUUCUAAAUCAAUAGUUGUUUAGUAGUCCGAAAAUGUCGAAAACAUUACCUUGCUUGACCAUGCUGUAGGUCAUGUAACUGUUACAAAAAAUAUGUUUUGUGGAUUUCACUGGGCAGAGGUUGCUAUCUGGUUUUGUGAUGAAACAAAGGUGUGGUUGAAUUUAUUCUGCCACUGUCUUCUUAUUGUCUCGGCCUUAGGCCUAUAUAUCACGGUCGCAAGGCAUACAGUGCAUUUGGAAAGUAUUCAGACCCUUUGACUUUUUCCACAUUUUGUUUUGUGACAGCCUUAUUCUAAAAUGGAUUAAAUAGUUUUUUUCCCCUCAUCAAUCUACACACAAUACCCCAUAAUGACAAAGCGAAAACAGGUUUUUUGAAUUUUUUGCAAAUGUAUUACAUUUAAAAAAACAUAUAAUACCUUAUUUACAUAAAUAUUCAGACCCUUUGCUAUGAGACUCGAGAUGUUUCUACAACUUGAUUGGAGUCCACCUGUGGUAAAUUCAAUUGAUUGGACAUGAUUUGGAAAGGCACACACCUGUCUAUAUAAGGUCCCACAGUUGGCAGUGCAUGUCAGAGCAAAAACCAAGCCAUGAGGUUGAAGGAAUUGUCCGUAGAGCUCCGAGACAGGAUUGUGUCGAGGCACAGAUCUGGGGAAGGGUACCAAAACAUUUCUGCAGCAUUGAAGGUCCCCAAGAACACAGUGCCCUCCAUCAUUCUUAAAUGGAAGAAGUUUGGAACCACCAAGACUCUUCCUAGAGCUGGCUGCCCGGCCAAACUGAGCAAUGUGGGGAGAAGGGCCUUGGUCAGGGAGGUGACCAAGAACCCGAUGGUCACUCUGACCGAGCUCCAGAGUUCCUCUGUGGAGAUGGGAUAACCUUCCAGAAGGACAACCAUCUCUGCAGCACUCCACCAAUCAGGCCUUUAUGGUAGAGUGGCCAGACGGAAGCCACUCCUCAGUAAAAGGCACGACAGCCCACUUAGUUUGCCAAAAGGCACCUAUAGGACUCUCAGACCAUGAGAAACAAGAAUAUAUAGGUUGUAAUAUGUUUUAUUUUCUGGAUUGGCUACCCCGGUGAUUUUACCCACUCACCGCUACUGUACAGUAUAUCAUAUUACACUAUCGCUUACCUGUAUUAGGUAUCACAAUAUUACUUUCCUGUACAAAGGGUCACAACAAUAUCACAUAGUUCAUGAACCCAUGUCAGAAUCAAUUCAUUCGUUUUUACAAUAUCUCAGAACUUCACUGGUAUCACAGUUUGCUGGAGUUGUGAACUGAUGCUUCUCUCCGGUUCUCCCUCUAUGUCUCUGUCAGGUGAUAAAGCCAGAAGAGCCAACAGGCCCCUCGCAGAGAUACAUCGACUCCAGAACAGUUCGCCCACGGACCAAAGGGGCGUGGCUCUCUGUGGAUGUCACAGACACUGUGAAGGACUGGCUGGCUCAUAGAGGUAAGUUGACAAGCCAAUCUCACGGCUCAAUGUCCCUUUAUCUACUUAACAGCAUUCAAGGUGUCAAACUUAACUUCAAAGUUAACAUUUGAAGUGUCAAUUGGAUGAAUGUUUCAGAUUUGACUCUACUCAUGAUUUGGAGGUUUAUACUGUAUCUGUUUUCUCCUCUCUCUUUGUCCACCUCUCACCAUCUCUCUACCCCUACUCCGUCAUCUCAUCCUCCAUAUCACUCUUUCAGAGAGGAACCUGGGUUUGAAGCUGGGUGUUCACUGUCCGUUCUGCACCUUCGUUCCCUCCACCAACAGCAUCGUGUUCAAUAAGAGCGAGGAGCUGGAGGCGCGCUUCGCUGGUCUGCUUGUUGUAGAACCUGUUUAUGUUAUGUAACGUAGACACAUAACACAUGGCUCUUUUUUUUAUUAAUGAUUGAGCUUCUCAACUCACACAGAGCAUUCUGGCUGACAAAUGUUCCCAUUAUGUGUCUCCAUGAGAUCAAUACAUUUUCCCACGCACUCCGAAAACACACCAACCCUUUCUCUCCCUCCUCCACCUCUCUCCCUCCUCCUCUCCCCCCACUUCCUCUCCCUUCCCUGUCCCUAUUCCCUUUUCCUCCAUGUCCUACUCCCCCUCUUCCUCCAUGUCCUACUCCCCCUCUUCCUCCAUGUCCUACUCCCCCUCUCCCUCUCCUCCUCUUCCUCCAUGUCCUACUCCCCCUCUCCCUCUCCUCCUCCUCCAUGUCCUACUCCCCCUCUCCCUCUCCUCCUCCUCCUUCCUCCAUGUCCUAACUCCCCCUCUCCCUCUUUCCUCCAUGUCCUACUCCCCCCUCCUCUCCUCCUCCUCUCCCUCUCUUCCUCCUCCUCCUCCUCCAUGUCCUACUCCCCCUCUACCCUCCUCCUCUCCGCUCCUCUCCUCCCCUCCUCCUCCUCCAUGUCCUACUCCCCCUCUACCUCUCCUCCUCCGCCUCCUCCAUGUCCUACUCCCCCUCUACCUCUCCUCCUCCCCCAUGUCCUACUCCCCCUCUACCUCUCCUCCUCCGCCUCCUCCAUGUCCUACUCCCUCUACCUCUCCUCCUCCUCCUCCUCCUCCAUGUCCUACUCCCCCUUUACCCUCCUCCUCCCCUCCUCCUGUCCAUACUACUCCCUCUACCUCUCCUCCUCCUCCUCCUCCUCCAUGUCCUACACCCCUCUACUACCUCUCCUCCUCCGCCCUCCUCCAUUCCUACUCUCCUUACCCUCACCUCGACUCCCCCCCACCCCCUAGUCCACUCACUUUUCCUCAUGUCCUACUCCCCUCCUCCCUCCCCAAUCUCUCCCUCCACCUCCCCCCUUCCCUCUGUCCUCAUACUCCCCGCGGUCCCUCCCCCCUCAUCCAUCUCUUCCUCCUCCUUCCCCAGGUCUGGAUGAUGAGCUGCUUCAGCAGCAGGUGCGGAGGCCGGGGUCAGGGCUGGCUAAGGGCCAUGUGGAGUUUAGUACCAAGACCCCCCACCUCAUCCUCACCCUGCUGCCCAGCGACAGGGUAGAAAACCCGGGCAAGAAGACCCGUAAGAAGAGGGCCACCGCAGACACCACCACCUGCUCCAGGUAGGGUAUGCACCUCAGAUCCAGACGCCAAAAAUGUACAAUGUUAUCUACGACCAUACAAGACACUUAGAGGUUUCUAUUUAUUUUGGUCUUUGAUAUCCAGAAUUACUACACAUUUGUUCAUAGCAACAUUAUUGAUUAUUGUUGUAUUGUUAUGAAUCUAUCGGAGGCUUAUAGUCCUGAAACUGAUUAAGUAGGACAUAUCCUGUGCCUGUGUGGAUUAGAAUGAGAGAGUGGUUUCUCUCCAUCUCUCCUACCCGUUUUAGGAACUCAGACGCGGACUGCUGUCUGCGGUCGCUCUACAUCCACUUCCGCCGGGACCUGAACUGGAAGUGGAUCCAUGAGCCGAAGGGAUACAAGGCCAAUUUCUGCUCUGGCAGCUGCCCAUACCUUUGGAGCGCUGACAACCACUACAACAUGGUUAGUUAACCCCCAACCACUACAGUGGCAUGAAUGUUAUAUCACCUCAGUCACAGUCAGGUCUUGUGGCUUUAUUGCCACACACUCACAGUAUGGUUAAAGGAAAACUCUGCCCAAAAACUAUAUUUUGGUAUUUGUUUCAUUAGUCCAUUGUUGAUAUAGUCCCAAAAUGUUUUGCAUGUCAGCAAUCUAGUUUUCAAGAUGUAUAACUUUCAAAAUACAGAAACACAGCUGGUAUGAUGCAUUUUGCAUCAUGAUGAAAAACGCAGCAUCAUACUGGCUGUAUUUCUGUAUUUUGAAAGUUAUAUACACUAUAUAUACAAAAGUAUGUGGACACCCCUUCAAAUUAGUGGAUUCGGCUAUUUCAGCAACACCCAUUGCUGACAGGUGUAUAAAAUCGAGCACACAGCCAUGCAAUCUCCAUAGACAAACAUUGGCAGUAGAAUGGCCUUACUAAAGAGCUCAACGUGGCACCGUCAUAGGAUGCCACCUUUCCAACAAGUCAGUUCAUCAAAUUUCUGACCUGCUAGAGCUGCCCCGGUCAACUAUAAGUGCUGUUAUUGUGAAGUGGAAACAUCUAGGAGCAACCGCGAAGUGGUAGGCCACACAAGCUCACAGAAUGGGACCGACAAGUGCUGAAGCGCGUAAAAAUCGUCUGUCCUCGGUUGCAACACUCGCUACCAAGUUCCAAACUGCCUCUGGAAGCAACAUCAGCACAAGAACUGUUCAUGAAAUGGGAGCUUCAUGAAAUGAGUUUCCAUGGCCGAGCAGCCGCACACAAGCCUAAGAUCACCAUGCGCAAUGCCAAGCGUCGGCUGGAGUGGUGUAAAGCUCGCCGCCAUUGGACUCUGGAGCAGUGGAAACGCGUUCUCUGGAGUGAUUAAUCACGCUUCACCAUCUAGCAGUCCGACGGACAAAUCUGGGUUUGGCGGAUGCCAGGAGAAUGCUACCUGCCCGAAUGCAUAGUGCCAAAUGUAAAGUUUGGUGGAGGAGGAAUAAUGGUCUGGGGCUGUUUUUCAUGGUUUGGGCUAGGCCCCUUAAUUCCAGUGAAGGGAAAUCUUAACGCUACAGCAUACAAUGACAUUCUAGAAGAUAUAAUGGAAAGGAAAGCACUGUGUCAUUUUGUAAUUUGGGUAAACUAUCCCUUUAAGUAGUGUUUUCAGUACUUGUCAUUGUUUUUGAUGUGAUAUCAUGUGGUACUUUCUCUUGACCACACACACACACAGAUCCUGCCGCUAUAUAACAAGCUGAACCCUGAGGCGUCUGCCUCUCCGUGCUGCGUACCUCAGGACCUGGAGCCUCUGACCAUCGUUUACUUCAUGGGCCGAACGCCCAAGGUAGAGCAGCUCUCCAACAUGGUGGUCAAGUCCUGCAAGUGCCACUGACGCAGGAGCUGAGCGGCGGGCCAGGAGGAUGGAGGACGAGGAGGAGGACGAGGUGGAGGACGAGGGACUUUGAUCAAAACAACUUUUGGUCCUCAAGCAAAAAGAACAGACUGACUAUCUCUGUAUAUUCAACCCUUCAUUUCACUAAGACACAUUUUACGCUGUCUGGCAGUCUGGCUGUCUGGCACAGGAUGAAACUCUGAAAGUCGUCAUCAGCAGUGGGUCUCUUCCCCACUUUCAUAAGGUUGAGAAUACUGUAAAUAUCGAAUUUAUUGAAAUAGCUUUAAAAAUCUGAUAUUAUUAAAGUGUUUUGAUUGGAAAUACAA